UCCCUGGAGCUGCAGCCCUCACACUCUGCCACCUUCUCUGUGUCAGGUAGGUUAGGUGGGGAUGCUAUGGAGGCAGCCCUGGCAUGUCACACUGGAGAAGACUGCUCCAGGUCAGUCCUUUCUGAAACAACUAUUUAUUUUCUGAGGACAAACUAAACGUCCAAAGUGCAUAUUUCUUUAAAUGCAGCCAGGCUCCUUGUGGGCUGAGCCAAGGGUUUGGAGGGUGAACUUCUCCUUCUUAAAGUGGGCAAAGAGGACCUGUCCUAGUGUUUCUCUCAAGCCUCUACGAGGCCUUCUGUUCACCUGUAUGUCCCGUGGAUUACAGCAAGAUUCCCACCAUAAAUACAAAUCUAGGAGAGUGGGUCAGUUCCUUUAGAAGUAAGAAACUUUCAUUUGGAAAUGGGCAAUUUGUUCCUGUGCCGGUGUGUUAUGAGCAUUCCUAUGCAUUUCUUCUACAGACUUGGUAAAAUGUCUUUCUUCUCAUCAUGGAUCAAAGCUAUUUUAAUCGUUGGCUUGGCAUUUCCUCUUUAUUGUGAAACUUCUUUUGCAUCUUCAAGAAAAAUGCGUGAAAUGCGUGAAGCUCCAGAGUGUAGUAUAUAUAUUCGUCAAUUACAUUUUUGUAGCAGAGAAAUGGAUCCAGUCUGUGCAACAAAUGGCAAAACGUACUCCAAUAAAUGCGUUUUCUGCAGUGAAAAAAUAGAAGAUGGAAGAUUUGAUUUUAGUCAUUGGGGUCGUUGCUGACUCUGCCUCAGCCACAAAUUCCUAUGGCUUUUAUUGCAAUCCUAUUUUUCUAUGUAUUCUACAACCAGUUAGUCUUCUAAAACAGGGCUUUAAAUUCCUAGAUGACCAGACUAAGCCUUCAGUAGUACACAAGACAGAAGGUAGGUUGUUGGAGAAUUUUUCCAACUCUAAGAACCCACCAAUGAAAAAGAUUCCUUUUUUCUUUCUUCAAUUAAACAUUGACAAUUGAAAACCUACCUUAAUUGUGUGUUCCAUAAUAGAAAACCUAAUACGGUUUGUAAUCAUGAAUAUUUCAGUCAAUAAAAUGUUAAGUAAUAUUAUCUUUAU